AUGGGCAAAGUUACGCCUUGGUUGGCGGCAGUGGCCCCGGAGAAAGAGAAUCGAUUUCGCGGCAAUAAAAGAAAAGGAAAUUUCAACAAAAAGCCAAAGUUAAAAAAGUGGGAAAAAGAAGAUCAAGUGAUACAAGAAAAAGUCGACAGAUACAAUGAAAAAUUUGAUUCGGAUGUUCCAUUUGCUGGCUAUCCUCUGUCACCACAGACUCAGAGAGGACUAAGGAGAUAUCUACCGGAAGAUUGCAAGCCUACUCCAAUUCAACAGCAAACCCUUAUGCUCGCUCUCCAAGGAAAUGAUAUCCUUGCAGCAGCGAAAACAGGCAGUGGUAAAACUCUUGGCUUCCUCAUCCCGCUAUUAGAGAUUUUAUGGAGCAAUAGAUGGACACAAAUCGACGGAGUAGGUGGACUAGUCCUCUCACCAACGCGCGAGCUUUCGAUGCAGAUCUACGAUGUUCUGCGAAAAAUUGGUCUAAAGCAUGACUUUUCUGCCGGCCUUGUCACCGGCGGAAAAUCAGUUGAGGAAGAAGCAAAAGUCAUCUCCAAAACAAACAUUAUCAUAGCGACGCCUGGUCGACUCUGCCAACAUCUUGAUCAGACCCAUGGAUUCACGCUUGACAAUGUGAAAGCUUUUGUCAUUGACGAAGCUGAUAGAAUGCUGGAUAUGGGCUUCCAAGCUCAAGUAGAUCAGAUUAUCUCGUUUCUGCCUUCUACAAGACAGACGAUGCUGUUCUCAGCAACCCUCAGCGCGCAGACGUCGAAGCUCUCUCGGCUGAGUUUAAAGGAUCCAAAAUUUGUGAACAUUACCUCUGGUUCAAAGAGUGCGACACCAAAGAAUCUCAACCAAACUUACUGUAUCGUAAAUCAAGAAGACAAGCUCAACUUUCUAUUUUCUUUCAUGAAAAAUGUUGCGAUCAAAGGAACCACAAAAACUGUCGUCUUUUUUGCUACUUGCAAGCAAGUAAUGCAUGCGAAAGAAGUUUUCUUUAAAAUGACCCCUGGUGUUCCACUGAUGCGUCUUCAUGGCAAAAUGGGGCAGCAUCAGAGAAUGGCUACGUACGAUGAGUUCUGCAAGAAAGAUCGAGCUCUUCUUCUCGCCACAGACCUUGUUGCUCGAGGGAUGGACUUUCCAAAUGUCGACUGGGUCGUUCAACUUGACUGUCCAGAAAGCGUAGAUGAAUAUAUUCAUCGAGCAGGAAGAACCGCCAGAUCGGAUCAAGCUGGGAACUCGGUCUUGGUUUUGAAUCCGUCAGAGAAGAAGAUGAUCAAAGAGUUGAGGUCGAGAAAGCCGCCGGUGAAUGUUACAGAGUGGAUUUAUAACAAAGAGAUGAUAGUCGAUAUCAGCCCGAAGCUCAGAUCUUUAUGCGCGGAAAGAGAAGAAAUAAAGGGAUACGGAAGCAGAGCAUUCACAGCCUACUGCAAGAGUGUGCAUAUGGCGAAGAACAAAAAACUCUUCAAGCUAGACACUCUUGAUCUGGACAAAAUCGCUUCUUCAUUAGGUUUAGCCAAAACCCCUCGAUUGAGAUUUUUGAAAACGCAGAAAUCCUCGAUACUAGAAGAAAAAGCAAAGAAAGAGGAGAUUAAAGAGGAACCAAAUGCACUUGAUAGUGAUGAUUCGGAUAAUGAAGAUGAAGCUGAGGAUAUGUUCGAAAAGAAGGCGGUGACAGUUGACGAAGAACAGCUGGCGAACCUGCCGGAGAAAAAGGUUAAAGAAGGACUUUCCAAACGACAGAAAAAGAGAUUGCAGAGCAAACUGUUGAGAGGGGAAGUGGAAGGUACGGUGAAGAAGAUCGGCGAGUCAGAUGAGGAAAGAGAAGAAUCGGAAGACGAGGUCGACUUCAAUCCCGCUGAGGCUCAUUCGAGACUCAGGGAGGCAGAUGUGGACGAUCGAGUGGCUGAGAAAGAGAUGAAGAGGAGGAAGAAACUCGAGGCCAAGAUGAAGAGCAAGAAGCAAAUGAAGCUUGAUGUACUGAACAAGAACAUGGAGGAGCAGGAGGCGCACUCAGAUGAAGAGAAAAUGAAUGAAGAUACGAAUAAUUUCUUGAAUAACCUGACAUUUGGCGGAGGUGACUCGGAUGGAUCGAUACACAGUGAUGAUGAUUUCGAAAGUUACUCUAAGCGACAAAAACUUUCAAAAGAAACAGAAGAUUUCGAUUAUGAGGACGAAUCAGAUGAAGACAUGGAAACGGCAGAUCUUGAGGCCCUUGCUCUUAAACAACUGCAAAACUAA